UAUUUGUCCACUUCUUUUUAAAAUUUGGGGGUGUUUGCAACAUGUUUUUUGAAUAAGUCACCAUAGAGCGACUUGGUGAAGUUUUCCUUGUUUCCCAACUGCCGCUGCCACUUUGGCAUCACAGCUUAUACGUGGCAGUAUAGCGUUUACUACUGUGCAGCUCGAUUGUCCUACUUUAAAAAAAAAACCCUGCUCUGCCUUCAGUCAGAUUUUUGUUAUUAUCUGUUGAUAUGACAUCGAGAUAAAAAAAGUUUUUAGUCCUCGUUUUCAUUAUGGACAUUUUCAUCCCACGUUCCUCUAAGUCACCCGUAACCAGUAUGAGCUAUUACUGAUGCAAUAAGUGAUGAAUGUAAGGCAUUUUUUAAUACGAAUUAUAGAAGAUCAAGAAGGGUCAGGUUUAGAAUAAAAGGUUUUUAAUCCGUCAAAUAUGAAGGAUGAUGAUAAUCAAUGGAUUUUGGUUCAAGAAAGGGAUUUUGUGGCAUCCUGUCAACUGAAAAGCCCCAAAACUAUUUUGAAAAGAAGCCAUUAGUUUCACCUCAUUAACACUUAAGGAAUGCAGAUGUAUUCAGAUUGAAUGAAUGCCUGCAUUUUUAUAGGCUAGUUAAACCAGGCUAGUUUAUAGGCUUAAACCUUCAGUGUGAUUCACUGUCUUGGGUUAAGAUGUAUUUUUUUUGUUUACAGAAAUUGACCUAAAAAUAAUUUUUCAUGGAUUUUGUUUCUAUACAUUUAUUUAUUUAAUUGCUUUGGGGGGUUUUUGGAGCAUAAUCUGUCAUCAUCCUUCUGUUAACGUGUGGGUAUAUUUUCAAAUAAUACAAAAUCGUUCCACUCUUUAUGUGCACCAGGGGAACAGGCAGUCUGAGGUGUAGUAGCACAGUGGUGUGUGUGUGCGCGCGUGUGUGCGUGUGUGCGUGCGUUUGUGUCAUCAUCUCAGCAAGGGAAAACCAGAACUGGGACAGUGGAGUAUGGAAUGUCUGGCCUUUGCCCCCCCCCCCGGCAAACAACACAGCAUUUUUUCAAUACUCCAUCGAAGAGCAGCUUGGACGGCAUGCAAAGUUGUGAAAUUUCGUCAGACAGCACUGAUGAUCCUCUUAGUAGCGGCCUGCGUACUCAUCGACAGCCUCGAAUAGUAGUGAUUGGCGCUGGCUUGGCCGGCCUUGCAGCAACUAAGGUCCUACUGAAAAACGGCUUCACAGAUGUCACUGUUCUAGAGGCGUCAGACCACAUCGGCGGGCGAGUUCACAGCCGUGAGCACGGACAAGCAACUUUGGAGCUUGGAGCCACCUGGAUCCAUGGCGCCAAUGGGAACCCAGUGUACCACCUGGCAGAGGACAACGGGCUGCUGGACCACACCACAGAUGGGGAGAGGAGCGUGGGACGGAUCAGCCUGUACACCAAGAACGGUGUGUCUCACUACCAGACCAAUGUCGGGAAGAGGAUCCCCAAGGACCUGGUGGAGGAGUUCAGUGACCUGUACAACGAGGUGUACGAGCUGACUCAGGAGUUCUUCCAGAACGGGAAGCCAGUUUGCGCUGAAAGCCAGAACAGCGUUGGCAUCUUUACUCGAGACGUGGUGCGCAAGAGGAUCAUGCUGGAUCCUGAUGAUUCUGAGACCAUCAAGAAGCUCAAACUGUCCAUGCUUCAACAGUACCUCAAGGUGGAGAGUUGUGAAAGCAGCUCUCCCAGUAUGGAUGAGGUGUCUCUGAGUGAGUUCGGUGAGUGGACAGAGAUCCCCGGUGCACAUUAUGUCAUUCCAGAAGGUUUCAUGAAGAUUGUGGAGGUCCUGGCCAAGGACAUCCCCUCCUGCACCAUCAGCCUUGGCAAACCGGUCCGCUGCAUCCACUGGAACUACUCGGCCCAGCAUCAGGAGGUGAUCGCCAGCAGCAGCGACACCAACCAAGACAACAACCACAAUGAAAACAACCUCACCUGCCAGCCUGACCAGGACCCGCCGAUACUGGGUCGCCCCAUUUGCGUGGAGUGCGAAGAUGAGGAGUGGAUCAUGGCCGACCACGUGAUCGUGACAGCAUCUCUGGGCGUACUGAAGCAGAACCACAAAGCCAUGUUCUCCCCGUCUCUGCCAGAGGACAAGGUGCUCGCCAUCGAGAAGCUGGGCAUCAGCACCACCGAUAAGAUAUUCUUGGAGUUCGAAGAGCCGUUCUGGAGCCCCGAGUGCAACAGUAUCCAGUUUGUGUGGGAGGAUGAGGCUCAGCUCGAACAGCUGGUCUACCCCGAGGAGCUGUGGUACAAGAAGAUCUGCUGCUUUGACGUCCUCUACCCGCCCGAGCGCUACGGCUACAUGCUGAGCGGCUGGAUCUGUGGGCAAGAGGCGCUGCACAUGGAGCGCUGCGAUGAUGAAACAGUCGCUGAGACCUGCACUGAGCUGCUGAGGCGCUUUACAGGGAACCCUGACAUUCCAAAGCCCCGGCGUGUCCUGCGCUCCUCGUGGGGCAGUCAUCCAUACAUCCGAGGCUCCUACUCCUUCACCGGGGUGGGGUCCAGCGGUGGGGACCGUGAGAUACUGGCAACGCCACUGCCUUACGCCAAUAGCACCAAGGCUCCACCUCUGCAGGUCCUGUUCGCUGGGGAGGCCACCCACAGAAAAUACUAUUCCACUACCCAUGGUGCUUUGCUGUCAGGACAGAGAGAAGCCACUCACCUGGUAGAGAUGUACCAGGACCUGCACAGAGCUCAAACCACAAAGCCUAAUAUGUAAAUAAAUCAAACCUCUGACUAAUACUGGAGAAGAAAAAAAAACCUAUAUAAAACUGUGCGUUUUUAGUCUUUUUAUUUUGAUGAUUAAGUUAUACUUAAAAGCAUAGUUUGGGCAUUAUUACAUUGAUAACAAAUGAAUAUUGUUUCUAUUGUAGUGUAGAUUGAGAUCAUGCUAAAUUUUAUUUGGGGUGUACUGGUCAAAAGUUGCCAAUGGUGCUGUCAUUUUGUGUCCUUAUCAUUUUGUCUUAUGUCGGUUUUUUUAAUCAGUAAUUUAAUGUUUAUAAUAACAGCAUCUGUAAUUAAACAUGUUUUUGUAAGUGCC